UCACCCCGACACUUGAUGGCGGUAGUCUGCUCCCACCGGCGGCGACUUCAUACAACAGAAUAAGAACCACAGCGACAGUCCUUCGUGUUUUGUUUUUAUUUUUAUUUGCUCAUCCAAACCAAGGCAUGUUAACUCCUGUGUGACCUGCAGCAGCUGCCUGUAAAGAUGAAUCGAGCUAAACCGACAACUGUGAGACGCCCCAGUACUGCUAAAACUUCAGGUCAUCCUCCACCAGGAGAUUUUAUCGCUCUGGGCUCAAAGAGCUCGGCUGCAGAACCCAAACCUCCUCCAGCCCUCCUGAAGCCAGCGUCCACAGGUUUACCUCCUGACCGUAAGAGAGAGCCCCCGUCUACCCUGCCACCCUCAUCGGGUCUGUCCAACCUCACCAAGCGAUCCAAAUUAUCCACCACCCCUCCUGUCAGUGCUCUGGGACGGCUGGCUGAUGUUGCAGCAGUGGACAAGAGGGCUAUAUCACCCUCGAUAAAGGAGCCAUCAGUUGUACCUAUUGAAGUGUCUCCGGUAGUUCUGCUGGACGAAAUUGAAGCUGCAGAGUCGGAGGGAAAUGAUGAUCACAUCGAGGGGUUGUUAUGUGGAGCCGUGAAACAGCUGAAAAUGAACAGAGCCAAGCCUGACAUCACUCUGUACCUAAGCCUCAUGUUUCUGGCAAAAAUCAAGCCAAAUGUUUUUGCAACAGAAGGAAUUAUUGAGGCCUUGUGCAGCCUCCUGCGCCGCGACGCUUCGAUCAACUUUAAGGCAAAAGGCAACAGCCUGGUGUCGGUCCUGGCGUGCAAUCUGCUCAUGGCGGCCUAUGAAGAGGAUGAGAACUGGCCUGAGAUCUUUGUGAAAGUGUACAUCGAGGACUCGCUGGGGGAGCGGAUCUGGGUCGACAGCUGUCACUGUAAGAAUUUUGUUGACAACAUCCAGACAGCUUUUAGUACCAAGAUGCCACCGAAGAGUAUGCUGUUGCAGGCUGAUACCGGUCGCACUGCUGGAGAUCUCAGCGCAGGCAACAGCCCUCAUCCCUCCAUCCCAGAUGAAGACGACACUCAGACAGAGUUGUUAAUAGCAGAAGAGAAGCUAAGUCCCGAGGAUGAAGGGCAGGUUAUGCCAAGGUACGAGGAGCUAGCCGAGAGCGUGGAGGACUACGUGCUGGACGUCCUCAGGGAUCAGUUGAACCGCAGGCAGCCGAUGGACAACGUCUCUCGCAAUUUGCUGCGUCUGCUCACAGCCACGUGCGGCUACAAAGAGGCACGCUACUUGGCUGUGCAGAGGCUGGAGAUGUGGCUCCAGAACCCAAAGCUGACCCGACCGGCUCAAGACCUCCUCAUGUCGCUGUGCAUGAACUGCAACACCCACGGGGCAGAGGACAUGGAGGUGAUCUCCAGCCUGAUCAAGAUCCGACUCAAACCCAAGGUCCUCCUCAACCACUACAUGCUGUGUGUCAGGGAGCUGCUGAAUGCACACAGAGACAACCUGGGCACCAUGGUGAAGCUGGUGAUCUUUAAUGAGCUGUCUAAUGCCAGGAAUCCCAACAACAUGCAGGUUCUGCACACGGUCCUGCAGCACAACCCCGAGCAAGCACCAAAGUUCUUGGCUAUGGUGUUCCAGGAUCUGCUGACCAAUAAGGACGAUUACUUGCGCGCCUCCCGAGCUCUACUGAGAGAGAUCAUCAAACAAACCAAACACGAGAUCAACUUCCAGUCAUUUUGUUUUGGUUUGAUGCAGGAGAGGAAAGAGUCCAGCUACGUGGAGAUGGAGUUCAAAGAGCGCUUUGUGAUCCAGGUGACGGAUCUGCUCACCGUCUCCAUGAUGCUGGGCAUCACCGCUCUAGUUAAAGAAGCUGGCAUUGCAUGGGACAAAGGAGAGAAGAAGAAUCUGGAGGUCCUGAGGUCGUUUCAGAAUCAGAUCGCUUCCAUCCAGAGAGACGCCGUGUGGUGGCUGCACACUGUGGUUCCUACAAUCAGCAAAAUCACAGCAAAAGACUACGUUCACUGCCUGCACAAAGUGCUUUUCACAGAGCAGCCGGAGACGUAUUACAAGUGGGACAACUGGCCUCCUGAAAGCGACAGAAAUUUCUUCCUCCGUCUUUGUUCUGAAGUGCCUUUGCUUGAAGACACACUGAUGCGCAUCCUGGUCAUCGGGCUGUCACGUGACCUGCCCCUCGGCCCAGCGGACGCCAUGGAGCUGGCAGAUCACCUGGUCAAACGAGCCGCCGCGGUUCAGUCCGACGACCUAGAGGUCCUGAAAGUGGAGAGGAUCCAGCUCAUUGACGCGGUGCUGAAUCUGUGUAUAUACCACCACCCAGAGAACAUCCAGCUGCCAGCAGGGUACCUACCACCAAAUUUGGCAAUAUCCACUCUUUACUGGAAGGCGUGGCUUUUGUUGUUGGUGGUUGCUGCCUUUAAUCCUCAGAAGAUAGGCUUGUUUGCUUGGGACGGCUAUCCCACCCUGAAAAUGCUCAUGGAGAUGGUUAUGACGAAUAACUACUCGUAUCCGCCGUGUACCAUCACCGACGACGACACAAAGACGGAGUUGAUCAACAGGGAGCUUCAGAUUUCCCAGAAGGAGAAACAGGAGAUCCUGGCUUUUGAGAGCCACUUGGCUGCUGCCUCCACCAAACAGACCAUCACAGAGAGCAACAGCCUGCUGCUGUCUCAGCUCACCAGCCUGGACCCGCAGGGUCCGCCGCGUCGGCCUCCUCCUCAGGUCCAGGAGCAGGUUAAAAGCCUCAACCAGUCGCUGCGUCUCGGUCACCUCCUCUGUCGCAGCCGCAGCCCAGACUUUCUUCUCAACAUCAUCCAGAGACAGGCUUCCUCUCAGUCCAUGCCUUGGUUGGCGGACUUGGUUCAGUCCAGUGAGGGGUCCUUGGAUGUGCUUCCAGUGCAGUGCCUGUGUGAAUUUCUUCUGCAUGACGCUGCAGACGACAGCCUGCUUGCUGAGGACGAUGAAGAGGGAGAGAGCAAAGAGCAGAGGGCCAGGAAGAAACAAAGGCAACAAAAACAAAGGCAGCUGCUCGGGCGUCUCCAGGACCUCCUGUUGGGUCUGACAGCAGAUGAACAGACAACGUGUGAAGUUCUGGAUUACUUCCUGCGUCGUCUCAGUUCUUCUCAAGUGGCGUCAAGAGUGCUAGCCAUGAAGGGCUUGUCACUGGUGCUCACCGAAGGAGGUUUGAAGGAUGGCGAGGAACGAGACCAGCCCAUGGAGGAGGACUCUGCAGAUGCUGAACUCUUGCCGGGUUACCAGUGGCUGCUGCAGGACCUUCCGAAGCUGCCCCUGUUUGACAGCGUCAGAGGAAUGACAUCCACCGCCCUGCAGCAGGCCAUUCACAUGGAAACAGAUCCUCAAACCAUCAGUGCCUACCUCAUCUACCUUUCCCAGCAUGCACCGGUAGAAGAACAGGCCGCUCAUAACGACCUUGCACUGGACAUCGCCCGGCUGAUCGUGGAGCGUUCCACCAUCAUGAACAGUUUGUUUUCCAAACACUGCAGCAGGCCCGAGUCUGAUGCCGUGCUCUCGGCUUUCCUCACCAUCUUUUCUGCCUACAUCAAGAGGAUGAGGAAGACCAAGGAGGGCGAGGAUCUGUACAGCUGGUCGGAGUCUCAGGACCAAGUGUUUCUGCGUUGGACAACAGGGGAAACCGCUACGAUGCACAUUCUUGUGGUCCACGCCAUGGUCAUCUUGCUGACGCUGGGGCCACCUAAAGGGGAGAGUGACUUCUAUGCCCUCCUGGAUAUUUGGUUUCCUGAGAAGAAACCUCUGCCGACCGCCUUCCUGGUCGACACGUCAGAGGAGGCUCUUCUGCUACCCGACUGGUUGAAGCUGAGGAUGAUCCGGUCAGAGGUCUCUCGAUUGGUAGACGCAGCUCUACAUGAUCUGGAGCCUCAGCAGCUGCUGCUGUUCGUUCAGUCCUUCGGUAUUCCCGUCUCCAGCAUGAGUAAACUUCUGCAGUACCUGGACCAGGCUGUCUCUCAUGAUCCAGACGCCCUGGAGCAAAAUAUCAUGGACAAGCACUACAUGGCUCACUUGGUUGAGGUGCAGCAUGAGCGAGGAGCCACAGGGGGGCAUACUUUCCAUGCUUUACUCAGCUCCUCUCUUCCUCCUCUCAAAGACUCACCGGAGACAAACAAAGCCAAAGUUCCACUGGAGGCACCUCAUGAUUCAGUGAAGAUGAGAGCAGCCACUCAGCUUCCUGCAGUGGGACCUGAAGAUGAUCUCACUGGCAUGUUGCUUCAAAUCUUCCCCCCAAAAGCGGACCCUCGCUGGCACGGCCCUCCCCCCAGUCAGCUGUCUCUGGCGCUGCAGCAGGCCUUGGCCAGAGAGCUGAUGCGGGCCAAGCAGGGCCAGUUCCAGCAGAGGGCUCUGGCCUUCUGUCUCCUGCAGGCCAUCGCUGCUCUGCUAACAUCUGCCCAUGCAGGACCUAUUGUCAUGUCGAUGCACCGCUGCCACGCUCUCUCCUGCCCUCUGAUGCGCCAGCUACACCUCUACCAGCGACUUGUAUCCCAGGAUGUGGCGUUCUCUUCGCUUUUCCUCAAAGUCAUUGUCGAGAUGUUGAGGUGGUUGGACAGCCCAGCUGUGGAGGGAGGACCACUGAAGACGCUGCUCAAGUCUUUUGCUGGUCAGAGCACCGUUAAACACCGACACAGUGAUGUGCGUACAGGUUUCAUCCACCUGGCUGAGGCUUUGGUGUAUGGUAGAGACUCAGAGGUGCCACUAAGAGCCGUCUUAUCGAUGCUGAAAGCCGGGGAGAGAUGCAACGCAGAAGCUGAGCUCAUCAGCAAAGUGUUGCGAGGGCUGAUGGAGGUCAGGUCACCGCAUCUGGAGGAGCUGCUGUCCCUGCUGAUGACCGUUGGUACUCAGAACGGGACGGCCGGCCCUGUUGCCAUGGUGAUAUCUUUGCUCCUUAAGGAAAGUGAGGAGCGAGCAGUGAAAAAGGAAGUAGAUGCAAAGAGCGGCUCUGAGGUAGCAAAAUCAGGACUGAACUCUGGGAUGCUGGUGGACUGGCUGGAGCAUCUGGACCCUGAGGUUACUGCCGUUUGCUCCGACCUUCAGCAGAAGCUGCUCUUCGCUCUCAACAAGGCUCGAGGCACCCCCGCCUACAGACCGUAUCUUCUGGCUUUGCUUACUCAUCAGUCUAACUGGUCCACUCUGCUGCAGUGCAUCAGCGCUCUUCUCGCCAAACACCGAGAUUACAAACUAGAUCCAUCAUCAGCUCUGGACUUCCUCUGGGCGUGUAGCCACAUUCCUCGCAUCUGGCAGGGCCGUGACCAGAAGAUCCCUCAAAAGAAAACGGAGAAGUUUGUCCUUCGACUGAGCUCAGAGGAGCUCAUCAGCCUGGUGGACCUGAUCUUGUCUGAGUCGGAGCUCAACAGUUCGGCUAAAGAAGGUAAAAGCUGCCUGGACCAGGCCUCCUGUUCCCUCAUCCAGUCCAGACUGCCCCUCCUUCACUCCUACUGCGAUGGAGCUCUGGAUAACAUCAAGAAAGUAUCAGAAUACCUCAUCAACUGCACCAAGAAGUGGGAGGACAGUCCAAUGAGUAUGCGGUGCCAGAACCUGCUGCUGCAGAUUUAUCUGCACUUUCCAGAAGUCAUCCAGCAUGUCACCCUGCCAUCAGGAACUUUCAGCAGUGGAGGGGCUGCAGACGGCAGCAGCUGCAAGCUCGACGUCCUGGUCCACCGCCUCGUCACACUGCUCGCUGACGUCGGAGACUCCAAGUCUGCUGAAGGUCGUGUGUCUGAUGCUAAUCUGGCCUGUAGGAAGCUCGCGGUUUCACACCCAGUUCUGUUACUCAGACACCUUCCCAUGAUUGCAGGACUCCUCCACGGCCGGGUUCACCUAAACAUGCAGGAGUUCAGGCAGCAGAACCACAUGACCUUCUUUAGCAACGUGCUUGCCAUCUUGGAGCUUCUGCAGCCGCUGGUUUUCUACAGUGACCACCAGAGGGCGCUUCAAGACUGCCUCCUGUCUGUCAUGAAAGUCCUUCAGAACUUCCAGAGGAGUCGUUCUCCACUCAUCUUCAUCAACAAGUUUCUGCAGUUCACUCAAAACUACAUCACACACGACGCAGCAGCGGCUAUUCCGUACCUGCAAAAGCAUUCUGAUAUCUUACAGAAUUUGUGUGCAGAGAACCCGGACCUGGUCCAGCUGAAGUCUCUGCUUGCUGGUCUCACUUUGCCAGUGAAACGCUCUUCUGCGGAGGUUACAACAGAAGAGCGAGGUGAUGAUUUGUCUGCUGGCUCCCUGCCUCUGGUCAACAUAUCUGCGUCGUUUUCUCUGAGCGCUGCCGACAUGGCGUUGUACUCGAAGAAGAUGUCAAAAGGAGAAGCAGUGGAGGAUGUGUUGGAGGUGUUGACAGAAGUGGAUGAGAAGUCAAGGAGGAGCCCAGAAAUCAUCCAGUACUUCACGAACGAUCUGCAGAGACUCAUGACUUCAUCUGAGGAGCUGAGUCGGAACAUGGCCUUCAGCCUGGCCCUGCGCUGCAUCCAGAACAAUCCCCGCUUGGCUACAGACUUCCUGCCGACUUUCAUGUACUGUAUGGGUAGCGGGAACUUUGACGUGGUGCAGACUGCUCUGAGGAAUCUUCCAGAAUAUUCUCUUCUCUGUCAGGAACACGCUGAUAUUUUACUCCACAAGGCGUUUCUGGUCGGCAUCUACGGACAAAUCGACACCAGUUCAGUGAUCUCAGAGUCCAUGAAGGUUCUCCACAUGGAGGCAACUACGUAACAGCAUCUCCGCGUCUGACGGAAAAUACUGAAAAUUCCCUUUGUAUUCCUGGCAUCUGUUCAUUCUCUUUUAGUGAAACGCAUCCUGUAAUCCCUACAGAUUAAGAAUUUCACCCAUUAAAAAACAGUCGAAAGCUUUAUCAGAACUGGUAACACUUCCUGGAUGUUGUGGUGUUUGAACCAGAACUCGUCUAAAGAAAAGGAGAUUUUUUUAAAUUAUUAUGACACAUUAUGAUUGAUGCAAGAAAAAAUGAAGCAAAGCCCCAAAACGUAUUAGUUUGACUGAUUAAUUUGCUUAUUUAAAUGUUUCUGUUCAAAUCUACAUAAAUUAGAAAGCAUUGUCAAAAUAAAUAAAAUAAGUAACUAUUCAAAUUAAAAAAUUGGAAACACAGAUUUGAACAUAGAGAUUAGUUUGCAUUUCUGCUGCCAGCAAACGCAUCAUUACAGUAAUUCUGCUCUUCUGUUUGGCGUAAAGUCAAAAAUAAACAAUAAGUUCAUUACAGCUAAAUGUUAGACCAGACCACACCUCAGCUGCAUGGUGCAGCAGGUCUUGAUUACUAAACAUUUUGAAGAAAUAAAUUCCAAAUUCCAGGAUAAAAUUCCCUAAAAUCCUGGAGUUUUCUUGUAAGCCACCUUAUUGGAACAAAAAUCAAUGAAAUUUUGGUUAAUUUCUCAUUAGCCCCCUGGGUUUACCUGGCUAACAAAGAAUAUCGUUACAUCAGUUUAAUAUUGAAACAGUAAAAAAAACUCACAGGAACCCAUAAUUAGCUUUCUGAAUAAUAUUUCUGCUCCUCAAAUAUGAUUGUGAGCAAAACGUGAAACAGCUAAAGGUUUCAUUUGGGUCCAAUAACUCCUGGCUUGUGAUUAAACCGAAAGGUCUGUCAUGUGUGUGCCCCCGCGCUUCACUCCACAAGCAAAUUAAAGGCGUGAUGGAAACCA